UCAAACCACCAAUUCAAUCACCGCCAACUUCUUCGUGUUCUUACUCUUCUCCGACAAUAUUGUCGAACACUGAGGUAUCGCCAACCUCGAACAUGCCCACACUAGUCGACCCGCCCUCGUCGGUGUUGCAUCCUACGAUGGACGAUGAAGAGAUGGCGGAGAUCCAUUCGAUCGUAGAGCAGCAUGAUAUGGAGUGGAACGAUACGGUGAACUUGGUCACGUCGGCGUGGUGGAGCAAAUUCCUCAAGAAAAUGGAAGGGGGUGUCGAGGAGAGUCGCGACGGAGGAGAAAGAGACGAUCUGCAUGCGAUCGGUGAAAUUUUCGAUGUGCCUCCGUGUUUCUACGAAGGCUUUGGUCUAGAAAACAAAGAGAACAAUUUCAUGGAGCAGCAUUUGUGUGAUAAUUAUCGGAACGAGGACUAUUCGGAAGAUGCGCUGCCACGCUUAGAAAUUGGAGAAAUCGACGGCUGGGAGGGAGAAUGGCUGUCAUAGUCUCUACCGGAAUUUUGCAAAUUAAUU